CCUGAAUUGUGAAUAUCAUGCUGAAGCUGAAGCCAAAGCUAAAGCACUACUUCCCUCGCAUAUGCUCUUACUCGUGUGGUUCGUUAUCUGCAGAAGCACAGAUACUAGAAGCAGAAACACAAUCUCCACAACAAGUUGUCCUUUCACCAGACACAUGCAUUUCACUCAUCAAGAACACCUCUGGCCUCCAUUCUCUAAAGGCCCUCCACGCUUCAAUGCUAAGAUCAUACCUUCACUUGAACCUCUACUUCUUCACCAAUCUUGUCGCUCAAUACACCUCUCUUGGCUUCAUUUCUCACGCCUAUUCCCUCUUCUCUACCUCCAACCCCACUGAUGCUUUUCUCUGGAAUGUAAUGAUUCGCGGCUUUGUCGAUCAUGCCCAGUACUAUGACGCCAUUCUUUUAUAUCGACAAAUGGUGCAACUGAGUAUUAAACCCACUAAUUUCACACUCACUUUUGUUUUCAAGGCUUGUGGAUGUCUUCGUGACAUUGAAUUUGGUAAACAGGUUCAUGAUGAUGCUGUGAAAGAUGGGUAUAAGUUGGAUUUGUUUGUUUUGAAUUCGCUUAUUACUAUGUAUGCAAGAUGUGGAAGCUAUGAACUUUCUAGACAAGUGUUUGAUAAAAUGUCUGAUAGAAAUGGUAUUUGUUGGAAUUCAAUGAUUGGUGCUUGUUUGAUUACUGAACGUUAUGAUGAAGGGGUCAAAUUGUUUUGGCAGAUGUCGGGUGAGGGAAUUAGACUUGAUAGGGCUGCACUUUUGAACGUGAUGCGUUGUGUUCGUACAGAGAAUGAUGGUAACGGGGUUUCUAGAGUUGCUAGGGAUGCUGGAUUUAAUUUAGAUCAAUAUGUUCAGAAUGCAGCAAUAGGAAUGUAUGCCAAAUGUGGAAGACUGGAUUUGGCGAGAAGUAUAUUUGAUGGGAUUUUGAAUAAGGAUAUAGUGACUUGGGCAAACAUGAUUGAAGCAUAUACACAGGUUGAUUUGCCUCUUCAAUCUCUCGUCCUUUUUAAACAGAUGAUGUUGCAAAAUGCAUGUCCUGAUUCUGUUACCCUUCUUAGCGUGGUCCGAGCUUGUACCAUUCUAGCAUCUUUGCAACAUGCACAUGCAGUUCAUGGGAUUGUUAUUGUAACUGGUGGGUUCUUCAAUAGUGAACUAGCCGUGGAAACUGCUGUAACUGAUCUAUACGCGAAAUGUGGAAGCUUAACUUAUGCUAGAAAAGUUUUUGAUAGGAUGCAGAACAGAAAUAUAAUCUCAUGGAGCGCCAUCAUUUCAGGAUAUGGCAUGCACGGCCAUGGAAGAGAAGCACUUGACCUCUUUAAUGAAAUGAAAGCUUCAAUAAAGCCAGAUCAUAUAGCAUUUGUAUCAGUAUUGUCAGCUUGCAGUCAUGCAGGAUUAAUUGCUGAAGGAUGGGAGUGUUUCAAUUCUAUGACUAAAAUAUAUGGGAUCAUACCAAGAACCGAACACUAUGCAUGUAUGGUUGAUCUAUUAGGCAGAGGUGGCAAGCUAGAUGAAGCUAUUAAUUUUAUUGAGAGCAUGCCGAUAAAGCCAGAUGCAGGUGUUUGGGGGGCACUGCUUGGAGCUUGUAGAAUACAUUCAAACGUCGACAUGGCUGAGAUGGUGGCAAAAGAAUUAUUAGAAUUGGACAAAAAGAACCCCGGAAGAUAUGUUCUCUUGUCUAACGUUUAUGCAUCAUGUGGCAAUACAAAAGAUGCUGAUAGGAUCAGAACUCUAAUGAAGAAUAGGGGGUUGAGAAAAAUUUCUGGCCACACAACUAUAGAGAUAAGAAACAAGGUUUAUACAUUUGUGGCUGGGGAUAGAUCACACCCACAAACAGAUCUAAUUUAUUCAGAGUUGGAGAGAGUAAUGGACAGGAUUCGACAAGAGGGGUACACCCCAGAUAUAAACUUUGUACUGCAUGAUAUUGAGGAAGAGACAAAGGAGAAAAUGCUGUAUGCACACAGUGAGAAGUUGGCCAUUGUUUUUGGGCUCCUGAAUUCAGAGCCGAAGAGUGUGAUCAGAAUAAGAAAAAAUCUCAGAGUUUGUGGGGAUUGCCACACUGCUACUAAGUUCAUCUCUAAGGUUACAAGAAGGGAAAUUGUAGUGAGCGAUGCACGCAGAUUCCACCAUUUCAAAGAUGGUACAUGCUCUUGCGGAGAUUAUUGGUGAAAGGCGUCCUUAGUGCCAUUGGGUCAUAAUAUAAUAUGUGGCCAUGUUGCGGACCCAAGAUUAGAUGGUCUUUUGAGAUAAGGCAAGAUUGUCAAAUUUGAUACUUUCUUGGGCAAAAUGUUGGAAGCUAAAUUUAUUUUUUGAACGUUAGCUAAAUUGCUGGUUGGUAUUUGUCCAUAUCCAGGAUGUAAUGCACACGAUUCAUUAGUGCUAUUACUU